AUGUCUCCUCUGAUUGGUGUUCGGGAAAUCUGCCGGGUUGGCGAGGCCUGCUGGGUGUCAAUCAUAGUCCGCUUUCCUGCGGGUUGUGAGUUUUGGCGGCAGAAUCAUGGUGGACAUAAUGGAACUCCCCAAAGCGCGCGUCAACGCCAGCAUGUUACCACAGUAUAUCGACCGACCCGUGUGCUUCGUGGGGAAGCUGGAAAAGAUUCAUCCCACUGGAAAAAUGUUUAUUCUUUCAGAUGGAGAAGGAAAGAAUGGAACCGUUGAAUUGAUGGAGCCACUGGAUGAAGAAAUCUCCGGAAUCGUAGAAGUAGUCGGGAAAGUGACAGCCAAGGCAACCAUACUAUGUGCAUCUUAUAUCCUGUUUAAGGAAGAUUGUAAUCGCUUUGAUCUUGAACUUUACAAUGAAGCUGUGAAAAUUAUCAAUGAGUUUCCUCAGUUUUUUCCUCUAGGGCUUACACAACAUGAAUGAGCUUCUUGAAUUUCUUAAGAUUGCCAGUAAGCUACAUUGAAAGUUAUUAAAGAAGACUCCUUCAGUUUAAGGGAGAGACUCCUAAUAUUUCUAAUAUUUAAUUUGCUUUUUUUUAUAUAUUUUUUUGUAAAUCUAUUAUGACAGUUUACAUCUAAGUCUUUUUAUAAAUUUUUUAAAAUCGAUACUUCAAUAUAUGGUCUGAAUAAAAAAAAAUCAAAAUAU